UAUGCAAGAAACUGUUAGGAGGGGGAAAAUAUGCUACAGCUGGAAAUACCAUUAUUGGGCUGGGCACGGUCUCUUCCCUUUUCCUUAACUGUAAGUUCAGCAUGGAAAAGAACGUGCUCACACGGACUUGAUGGAAGGACUGGAUACUGAGAUCUUGAGGCCACGGUCAAUCAUGAAAUUUUACCUGCUGCUUGUCUUCUCCUUCUGUGGAGCAUCCCGGGAGGUGUCCCCGCCCACCUACGAGCACCGUGACCCGGUGACCUCUAAGGUGUACCAGUGUGAGCAGUGCCCGCCUGGCACGGCCGUGCUGCAGCACUGCGGCAGGGACACGCCCACCGCCUGCGGCCCGUGCCCCGAGGGGCACUUCUCUGAGCACUGGCACUGGGGCAAAGCCUGCCAGCGCUGCACGGCCGUCUGCAAGGAGCAGCAGCUGGUCCAGAGAGAGUGCACCCGGACGCACGACCGGCUGUGCGAGUGUGCCCCGGGGUACCACCUGGAGGUGGAGUUCUGCGUGAAGCACACCCUCUGCCCGCCUGGCUCUGGGGCAACCACCCUGGGCACGCCCGAGGGUGACACGGAGUGCGAAAGGUGCGCGAGGGGCUUCUUCUCCGGCCGCUUCUCGGCGACAGAGCCCUGUGAGCCGCACCGGAACUGCAGCAGGCUGGGGCUGAGGACCCUGAGUCCCGGCACGGCAGAGAAAAACAGCGUGUGCGAACACGACGACCGCGCCAUCGCCCCGGAGUGCUUUCAGCAGGACCUGCAGUGCCACACAGAUGUUAUGCUGUGUGAGGAAGUCAUCCUCCAGUUCCUGUCUUCGCUUCACUUCCUGUCUGCGCUGCCCCUGCACACCGUGGCAGCCAGCUUACCCGGCAGGAAGCUGGACAGCACGAGUGUAGAGCAGGUGAACAAGACGUGCAGCCCCAAGCAGCAGGUCCUACAGCUGCUCAUACUGUGGAGAGAGAGGAACAAGCAUCACAGAAGGCUGUUUGGAAUCACCAAAGGCGUGAAGCACUGUGAGAAGGUGGUGUCCAGGAGCUCCGCCUUCAGGAAGACGACCCUGAGUGACCUCCAGAUGAUGACCGACAGCCUGCCGGGGGCGAAGGUGAGGGAGGAGGACGUCCGGGGGGCGAUGGAGUCAUGCCAGCCCCAGCAGUACCUCCUGAAGGUGCUGUACCUCUGGAAGACCCAGAACGAGGAGCAGGAUCUGGCCAAGGCCCUGGCACUCAGCCUGCGUGAGCUCCGCACGCGGGGAGCCCCGUCCCAUCUCCUGAGGAGCAUGAGGAGGCUCAACACGCUGUUCAGCACCUCCUCCAUACGCAAGCUCUACAAGAACAUAUUCCUCAACAUUAUUCUGGAUAAGUGUUAGAUACAAAUACAACCUGUUAAAUCCAAAUCUUACAUUGACUAGACUUGGCACCAAUGACAACAGUGCUGCAACUUAAAACUUGUAUAUGAGUUAACGGGAAAAUACAAAAUUUCCAUUGAAUGAAUAGUUACUGUGUGUUCUUGCUUUUUUACAAGCUAGAUGGAUUGGGAUGAAAAGUUUCACCUUCUGUUCUGUGUGGAUGUGUAAAAAUGUGUUUUUUUAUUGAGGGGGAAAACAAUAAAAUGAAUGCUAUUUUAUAUGAAUGUACAGAAGAUUGUAAUUAAUUUUAUUCCAUUUUUGGAUUAAAGUAGAAGAGCCCACAAAUGACAUUUAAUUUAACAGUCAUGUUCAAUGUGAAGUUGUAAAUUCAUUUCGGUCUGUUUUUCAUGUUAUCACAAUCAUCUGGAUUUUUACUUGUUUUAUAGAUAUCCUUCUGAAGUGAUGAAUGAUAAAAUACAAUGCUUUCUCUUGCCCUUUGGCUCCAUCUUGGUUAAUGUGUAGUUAAGCAAAAUGACACUUUAUGUGUAUGUUUAUUUAAAAAGAUUGAAGUUACAUAUUGUGUCUAAUUGUCAGAUCUCACCAAUAUAUUGUAAAAUCAAAUUAAUGAUAAACUACACUGAAGUUUUCAAGACACACGAAAAUAACUAUAUGGUUAUUUGUGUU